AUGAAUAGUGAUGCUACUGGAUUGAAUAUCAAUAUAAUUCAAUCUACUACCGGUAAUCCAAAAUCAAAACAAACACAGCAAGUCGAUGUACCAGUGGAAAUUCCACCAAAGCCAAGUAUGUAUUAGUAUCGGGAGGGGUAGUUCUGAUGGGCAUGCACUGAAAACAGAGGCUCAACUGCUUGUUCAAGUGUAACAAUGGGCAUUUUUUCAUAGCCACUAAUAGGCAUAAGAAAAUCGGACGGUUCUUUUGCAAUG